CAUCCACUCAACAACCACCGCAAUGUCAACAUCUCCCAAGCCGACAUCGCCAACAAGCCCCAAGGUUACCGAGCCGGUGGCGAGCCCCACGGCGCCCGUGACAGAGGCCACGGCCGACCUACUCGCCGAAGCCACCGCCGACACGGUUGCCAAGCCAGCCGACACGACGACGACGCCUGCUGCUGCUCCUGCUGCUCCAGCCGCCGCCCCGCCGGCCCCGGCCCACGCCAACCCCAAGGUCAACGAGCUCGCUGUCAUGUUCCCAACCGUCGACACGGGCGUCAUCGAGAUGGUACUCGAGAGCGUUGGCGGCAGCCAGGACCGCGCCAUCGAGAGCCUGCUGCAGAUGACCGACCCCGAGUUCAAGCCUGACACGUCGGCCCAACCUGUCUCGGAGGACCAUCCGCAGGUCGACCUCGACGAGGAGUUUGCGCGCGCUCUGCACUUGCAGGACCAGGAGGAUGACGCCCGCCGGCGCGCGGCGCGUGCUCCUCGCGGCCACCCGGGCGACCGCACGCAGCAGCAGAGCCAGAUCCCCGAGGUCCUGCCGUACCAGCCGCGCGUCCGUCGCGCUCGCCCUCCUGGACCAGACCCGUACGCGACGAGCACGCAGGUGGACCACCUCCAGCAGCGCUACGAUGCGUCGAGCGGCCCCAUCCCUGGCGGCCAGCAGCCUGGUGCCGUCGCGUUCGAGGAGAAGCUGAACCACUUUGCUGAGACCGGCAAGGCGACUGUCUCGUCGUUCUUCAACAAGGCAAAGGCACGAUACAACGAGUUCCAGCAGACGCGCGAGGAGAACCGCGUUUCCCAGCAGGAGGCUGCGGCUGGUUGGAACAACCACGCAAGUGUCGAUCUCCCCCAGCAGGGCUACGGACAGCAGCAGCAGUAUGGCUACGCUGCUCCCUCGGGUCCUCCUCCUACCGGCGAGCGUCCUGGUGCCAACCAGCGCACCAUCUCGCAGUCGUCGGGCAGCACGGGUGGCUCGGCCGCUCCCGUUGCCAGCGCUCCCCGCAGCAGCUCGAGACGCUGGUCGCCGACCGACACGUAUGACGACGACGCGGUGCCGCUCAGCCAGGGCAACACCAUCAAUGUUGGCGGAAGGCAGUCACCCGCUGCUGGUGGUGCCACGAGCCCGGACAGAGGUGCCGCCGGCAAGAUUGAUCUUGCCAAGCUCGGAUUCCUGCCCAAGAAGCGCGUCGACCUCUCGACGCUGGACAAGGACCCCAACCCCAGCCUCCAGAACGCCACGUCGCCCGCGUCGCCGCCCGCGACUGGCAAGAGCCUGGUGGAGAAGAUCCCCAAGACGCCGACGGAGGAGGUGAGCCCGCACCAGCUGGGCGACGACGACGAUGACGACGAGGAGCUCGAGUAUACCAAGAACCCGUUUGACGAGAAGUAAUGGGAGUGGAGCGGCCCGUUUGCGUGUGAUGAUGGUUCUAGUAGAGACGCGUUAUUGGUGCGGGGGAG